GCUUCUCUAAAUAGAACGCAUUGUAAUCUUCUCUCAGUCCAACGUGGUUCGUUCAGUGAGUGCUGCUUCUCCUCCGCACUUGUCCGCAGAGAACCCCAUUAAGCGAGAAACAUGCUGGAGGCCAACCAGGGUUUCAUCACUGGAGCAUACCUGACAGGCCUGCCAAGUUUUUAUGAAGAAACAGUGACAGUGAUGAACUCAGAGCAGGAAAGGCCAUUUGUAUGCCUUGCCCCUGGCUGUUCCCAGCGAUUCCCCACAGAAGACCACCUAAUGAUUCACCGACAUAAGCAUGAGAUGACACUGAAGUUUCCCUCCAUAAAGAAUGACAACAUCCUGUUAGACCAGACGCCCACGCCCACACGGUUUCUGAAGAACUGCGAAGAGGUGGGGCUCUUCAGUGACCUGGACUGCUCCAUUGAGCAGGAGUUCCGCAAAGCACAGGAGGAAGAAGACAGCAAGCAGAACAUUCCCCUUCAUGGGUCGGCCGGACAGAAUCAGCACCACUCCCGGAUGCCAAACCAUGACACCAGCAUUGUGAUACAGCAGGCACUGCCCUCACCUCAGUCCAGCUCGGUCAUCACUCAGGCUCCUUCUACUAACCGACAGAUCGGGCCCUUGCCCGGUUCAAUGUCCUCCCUGCUGCAACUGCGCAAUCGACCCCGGCAGCCACUGCCUGCUUCCAUGCCCGGCACACUGCCUGACCCCACCAUGCCAGGCUCCUCCGCUGUGCUGAUGCCUAUGGAGAGACCGAUGUCCAUGGGCUCCAGCCUGAUGGAAAUGCAAGGCCCCACCCACAGCAGCUCUUGCUCCUCCCCUCACGUUCCCUCUAUGCACUCAGAAGCUAAGCUGCGCCUGAAAGCGGCCCUUGCCCAUCACCCGGGCGCCAUCGCCAACGGCAACAUAAGCGCCAUGGGCCACAUGAUGGAGAUCAUGGCAUCGCAGCAGGAGCAGGCGGCCCACCACCACCACCUGCACUCGCACCCGCAGCACCUGUCGGCACAGGCCCACGCCUACCAGCACCACGCCCACCACCACCACACCCACGUCCAGGCUCACGCCCAGACUGGGCACCACCAGCAGCAAGGUCACAGCCACCAUCCUGCGCAUCCAGCGCAUCCAGCGCAUCCAGCGCAUCCGACGCACCUGCACCCAGGUCACGGCCACCAGACCUCUCCACACCCCCCGCUCCACUCGGGCGCCCCCUCGCAGCUGUCUCCGGCAGCCCAGCAGAUGCAACCGACGCAGACCCUGCAGCCAGCGCCCGCUCCCACCGGGGGUCGCCGGCGACGGGUGGCGGACGAGGACCCGGACGAGCGCAGGCGGAAGUUUCUGGAGAGGAAUCGGGCGGCGGCCACACGCUGCAGGCAGAAGAGAAAGGUGUGGGUGAUGUCGCUGGAGAAGAAGGCAGAGGAGCUCACACAGACCAACAUGCAACUGCAGCGCAGACGCAGCUCACCGAGUGUGUGCGCGUGUCUCCCGUCUCCAGAACGAGGUGACCAUGCUGAAGAACGAGGUGACGCAGCUGAAGCAGCUCCUGCUCACACACAAGGACUGCCCCAUCACCGCCAGGCAGAAGGAGUCCCAGGGGUACCUCAGUCCAGAGAGCAGCAGCCCGGCAGGAAGUCCUGCCCCCGUGUGCUCUCAGCAGCAGGUCAUCCAGCACAACACCAUCACCACCUCCACCACCGCAGCUGGGGGCGGCGCCGCUCUCGGCCAGCUUAACCACCACACUGACAUCAACCCCAUCCACUAGGAGGUGCUCACGCCUUCCACCCCGCUGGCAGGGCGGCUCCAACCAACCGCGCUCGUUCAGUGGAGCCCGCGGGACCUGGAAUGCCAGCCCUUCCUACAUUUGUAUUUUUACUGACUCUCAGCUCGUUUGUGUGUUUUGUCGAUCGUUUUUUUGUGAUUUUUUUUUUUUUUACAUAUACUAAAGGGAGGAUUGCAAUCUGUGCAGCAUAAACCUGGCAUUAAAACGCUGGCUCCUGCAUCUGGUACAAAUGCAAUAGACUGAUGUGUUCAGGGAGGCUCCAAGAGCUACCUGACCCCUCUGAGUUGGACUCGGCACUCCAGCAUCGCUCCUGCCUUUCCUGCAAAGCUUCCUUUACUUCGGAGCGACAUGCUCUAAAGUACUAUUGUGUCCUCAGUGUUAUCUUCCAGGUUGGCUGAUAUGCAACCACGAUAUGCACUUACUCUGUGAGCAACAGGGAUGCCCAACGGACCUGCUGGGUCAGAAUGGAUCAGAUAUUAAUGAAACAGGGCACAAAGCUCUCCUCGCUGGACUCCUUACGUAUCCACAUUGGGAAAAAGACAGGCUCGUCACUGUGUACCUGCCUCAGACAUGAGCCCCGUUGGCAGUUCAUUUAGAAAAUGUCAGCGAGAAGCGACUUGCAGAAGCAGGUAUGGCAAAAACACCAUUUAAUCAAUUUCUCUUACAGGAUGCUUUGUAGAAAAGUGUUUUGACAGAACGAGCAGUAAAUGCUCACCAAGAUUUGAGGAACACUCAGAAUCCAAGCCAUAUUUCCUGGAGAAGGUUUCCUGGAGCUCCACAGCACCGGUCCUUCCCUCCGCCAUUCGAGGUGCACUAACGUUGGCGUGACGUUUUACCACCACAGCCUGGCAAACUGUUCCAGACACCGCUAGUGCCGCGAUCUGGGGGUCUUGCAUAAAUCAGACCCUGGCUGACGUCUUACGGUAACGUGCUGCCAGGACCCAUGACACGACUCACCGAUUUGGGAAUCCCGUUGUUUGGCUUUGAGCAAAUGAGCGUAACAUUCCAAAGUCACACCUUCAGUGCUGUUUUCUGCCUUCGCAUUGCCUAACGCUGUUUGCGUGGGUCACGUUCUGGACUAGACGCCCAUGUUCCCAGCGCGUUCGACCAUCUGGAGGGAGUAAAGCCAUCUGUUGCGCGGCAGAUACGUUUCGUGAGGCAUCAGCGAAGAGAACCGCUUCAAAACAAGCACGCCGCUUGUCAGUAUUUUCGAAGCAAUUCCUUUGGGAUAUUAACUGCACUAUAUGUAACCAGGCAUCUGCAUGCAAAGAGUUGUAUUCCUUUCUGUAUGACAUGUAGAUCUGGAUUUGCCACAAUGUGCCUGAAUUGUUGUCAUUGGGCAGAACAUCUGUAUUUUCCAAGGGUUGCGUUUAUUCAACAAGUCAGUCGUUUCAUAAUGAACAGUAUUCAUACCUUCAUACCAUUCCCUGCAGAAAUAUUGGCAGAGACCUAAACUAUACACCUGCAGCUGAAGCAUAUACUGUCGCUCUUUGUCUGAAUUAUAAGCGCAAGCUGUUAUGGGGAAGGCUGCUUGUAUACUGAAAAAUGUGUGAAAUGGUCCAGUUUCUUACGGUGGAUCCUAGGUGAGAUCUUGUGCCAGACUGCAGUGGAAAUUCACUCCCUUCUGGACUCUUCUGCCAAGUCCAAAUUCGCAGCAUUAAGGGCUGCUCAAGGUGAGCUGAUUUGGCUUUCGGGGAGUUGAGGAAACCCCGUGGUCUGGACGUGUUGAGAGUUUCCUUCUUUCCAAGGCCUAAGUUGAGUCUGUAGAGACAAACUCGUUCUUCCUCUGUACACCGAAGAAGGAAAAUGCAGAGGAAAAUGUUUGAGGGAAAAAAAGACAUUCACGGAAAAAAUAUUCUGCAGAUUAAAUGCAGCUGAGCCAACGAAGAAAUGUUUCUAAUGUUAAAUGUGUACAAACGUUUUCCGGCGUACGGCUUAGACGGACGGCGGUUUUCGGAACAGGACUUUGCUCAUCGCCCAUGAAAACCAGCAUUUUUUAAUUCUCCUUAUUCAUGAAUCCUCUCAUAUGUUCACUCUAAAGUGAGAUCAUUGCUGAACAUACCUGUCAGGCCUUUCAUGCAAAUCUGUCUGCCAGCGAUAUGGAGACGUGGAAACAUUAUGUAGCGCUCUAUGCACUUUGCCCUCUGCCGCGUCAGGGCGUGAUAAUAGCCAUACUAAAAUCUCAGUGAAACUCCAUGAUGUUCCUGCACCAGCAAGAGACACAUCUGUUGGCACACACUUGGUGAUGAGGCCAAGGGUGUGUGCGCGUGUGUGUGAGAGUGUGUGUGUAUGUGUAGAGAAUAUAUCACAUAUCACAAAGGACAGGUCCUGUGUGCGUCUCUCCGUGGAGAAAAGGGCAAACGUCGCACGUAAAACUGGGCGUUCGCCUAUCUCUUUGGAGUCUGGGAACUGGGGUGAUUCUCCUUAAGCUUUAAUAUUUCCAGAGUAUUUCACUUUUUCAUGUGUCGUUCUGGGAGUUAUGUUGUUUUUGUAACAACAAGACCACGAGUAAUGGAUUUUUGCACACUGUGAAGAUAACGCACGUUAUCGCAAACUGGAAACGCGUUCUUCUUCCCGUCUUCUGCCGUACCAUGUUCUUUCAUCCGCGAGCUCGGUCUGUGUGU